ACACUAUAAACGGCAAAAACGACUCCUAAUACAAAGUUCCCAUAUGCUGCACGACUCAAAACUCUUCAGUUUCAACUCUCUCUCUCUCUCUCAGAGUCCCAGUUCUCUGCAUGAAAACAUCUCUAUAUAUACACACACAAAACGUAUACAAUCAAACGGUUUAUUUUUUCUUUAUCAUAUCAUAUAUAAAUAUUACAAUUCUCCAUUUUCUUUGAAUUCUCAAUGGCGGGUCUUUAUCAUACUUCUGCUUUUGUUUCUCGUUUGCUGUUUUUACUGACAGUUCUCUCUGUAUCACUCGCUGCUUUUGCUUUUGUUCUCCAAUGGCGUGGCGGGUUACCCGACCCGAGUACCCGAUGGGCACCUGAUGAUGAUCCCACUGAGUUUCACGGCAUGGGUGGGUCAAAACCCGUACGUUUAUCGGAUUCUUCCUUGUCCGGUUGUGAAAAUAUUCUUGGCCAGAGUCGUAUGCCGUCGUUUCCAUACUUCAAAGAUUGGAAGUUUAACCUCGAGUCAUCUUCCGGGUCGGAUCUUAAGCCUAAGAUAUCAAUCACUACAAGUACGUCCGCUGGCUUAGAGCAGAUACUACCCUGGUUAUUUUAUCAUAAGGUUAUCGGGGUAACAAACUUUUUCCUGUUUGUGGAGGGAAAAGCUGCAUCCCCCAAUGUAUCAAAGGUGCUAGAAUCCAUCCAAGGAGUAAAAGUUAUAUAUAGAACAAGAGAACUAGAAGAUGUACAAGCCAAAAGUCGGAUCUGGAAUGAAACUUGGCUUGCUGGAUUCUUCUACCAACCAUGCAACUACGAGUUAUUUGCUUUUAUAAUAGCUUCAACUGUGACAGAGGAGGAAAUGUUUCAGUGGUACCGGGAACAUGUUGUUUGGACCGACAAAGCACUAAUUAGGAAACUCAUCAAGAAGGGCAUAUUGACACGCAUAUAUACUCCUAUGGUCAUUAUACAGGGAUUGAAGGAAUCUGGCGUUUUCGCUUCUGUUGUUGCUUCAGCACAUAGAAAUAUCAUAAAAGAAGAGUCUUUAUCUUCUACUGGAAACAGAAAUGACUCCAGAUAUCCUCAUAUUACUGAUACUUUUCCGAGAAAGAUGGGUCGUAUAUUGGAACCUCAAGCAACUGCAAGGAAAUUCUUGGAAUUUAGUGAAACUGAUCGUCAGGCAAUUUCACCCCAAUCGCCUCCUGGCAUGGACGGAAUUCACCUUCACAAAAUACCUUCUGUACAUAACUCUUCUUGAGGAAAAACACCCUUGGGAAGAUUGCUGCGAGGAAUUCUUUCAUACCGUGAUGGUGAGGUACAUGAGUUGUGUCUUGCAUAGUGAUAUAUACUCUUAGGAAAUUGGUUUCCAUAGAAUUGUCUGAGUAUCUAGCCAAGAACUCAGAUACACAUCUUAGAGUCACUUGGAAUCAUAGACUGAAGUAUUCUUAAAGAUUUUGGCCAAUUCUUGCUUCUCUUUCUUUUUAACCCCCAUAUUUUUCAACACGAGCGAGUGUUAGAAAUUUUUCAAUUUUUAAUGUGAAUACAUGACAGAAGGAUUUGGACGAUGACAAUCUUAAUUAAUGGGGUAGAUUUAUCAUGUUAGAUGUAUAAGAACAAAUUAAAUACCUUCCAUGCCUCAAUCUUUAAAAGAUUUUCUUACAUUUA